AAGCCCCGCCCCCGGAUGGAGGCCACGCCCCCUGACGAAAGCCACGCCCCUUCGGGUAACGCCACGCCCCCUUGGCGCCAACCCGCGCUGCUCGGACCGAGGCCACGCCCAUCCGCGCUAAGCCACGCCCCCUCGUGCCGAGCCCGCGCCCCUUGGCGCCAAGCCGCAUUCCUGGGCUCGAGGCCACGCCCAUCGGUUCGAAGCCACGCCCCCUCAGCGCGAAGCCACGGCCCUCGCAGAGCCGCGCCCGAACCCCGCCCUGCGCUGAGGCCACGCCCCCUCAGCCACGAGCCACGCCUCCCUCGGGAGGCCACGCCCCUACAUGAGAUAAACCCCGCCCCCUUGUGGCCCCGCCCCCUCGGUGGCCCCGCCCCGCUCCCGGCACCCCCCGCGCCCCGCGAUGGCGGCUCGGUGCCGGUGCCGGUCCCGGUAGCGCCAUGGGCCCGGGGUGGCCGCGGGGCUGGGCGCUGCUGGCGGCGCUGGGAGCGCUGGGGCUCGGCCUGCGCGAGCUCCACACCAAGCACGCCGUGCUGGCAGCUGGAGGACUUCGUGGUGGCGCAGGAGUGCGGCCGCUGCUCCAGCUUCCAGGCGAAGACGGUCCCGGAGUGCGGCCCCACCGGCUUCGUGGAGCGCAUCAGCUGCGCCGCCUCCAAGCGGGACGAGUUCAAGAGCUGCCGCUCGGCGGUGCUGGAGGCUCACGUCUUCUGGAGGUUCGUGGGCACCAUGAUGUGCGUGGCAGCCGUGUUCGCGGUGCUGGUGGUGUGCCGGCAGCGCGUGCUGGACAGGAAGGCGCUGGAGAAGGUCCGCAAGCAAAUCGAGUCCAUCUAGCGCCCGCGGGGCACCAGGGCACGGCAGGCGGCACCCGCACCAAGGGGACUCGGCUCCGUUCCCAAAAGCAGGAGGAAGAGGAGGAGGAGGAGGAAGGAGCACCCGCGGCCCCCCCGCCCCGCUCUGCCGUGCCCCCGUGGAUGCUGCGGGUGCCCCGUGGGGUCCCGGUGGCGAUUUGGGCUGUGCGGGGAGCCUGGUGCCCUGGGGGUGUGCAAUAAAGCCCGGUCGUUAUCA